GAAGAGAGGAGGAAAGAGGGAGAUUGAGUUGGGGGCUUGCCUUCGAUGCUUCACCGACUAAGUGAGCAAUGAAUGAAGGCAGGCUGCACUUGUAAUUACACUAUUUACUGCAAUUUUCCACUCUGCAAAAACAUCUUGGGAUUUUUUCCCACAAUUAAUAACUUUUAGAGAGAGAAAGAGGGGGUGAUUUACACACACUUUCUACCCAUUCUUCAAUUCCAUUCAAUCUCCCCCUUGUGAAACAGUUACUAUUCGCUGGGUUUCUCAAACCAUGCCAGUUUUCCCUGUAGAAUUUGUUAUAUAUAUAGGGGGAGCAUGGAGCUUGAGGGUCACUACUACGGGCUUGAGGGUGAACACACCUGCAUCAACAAUGGCUUCAAUGGUGAUGAUGGUGCCUUCAACUCUCAUGACCAACAUCACCAUACCUGUGAUCAUGCCAAAACACCCAUCACACUAGACCUCUUUGGUUCUUCAUUUUCUUUUGCAACUGUUGAAUUGGAUAAGACCUUCUCUCUCUCUUGUGGGAAGAAGAAAUAUUGUGAUAUAAAGGAGAAUAGAAUUGUGGUAGGCAUGAGUAAGAACGAGAAGAGGCAAGGGAGCUCUCCAAGAUUGGAGCUGAAGCUCACACUAUCACCAAGCAAGGAGGUGGGGGAACGGUCGCCCAGCCACAACGGCUACGAGUCGUCGGACUCUGGGAGCCGCUCGUCUCUCUUGCCGACGUCUCCGAUCUCUUCGUGUGUUUCGUCGGAUACGAACAUGGCGGAGUUCGAAGGGAGCGGGUUGCAAUACUCUGAGAGCCCCGAAGCCACGUCGAUGGUUCUUGUGGGGUGCCCUCGUUGCUUGAUGUAUGUGAUGUUAUCUGAGCAAGACCCCAAGUGCCCCAAAUGCAAGAGCACCGUGCUCCUCGACUUCCUUCAUGAUGAGAAACGGACUGGGAAAUAGUCUCUCUCUCUCUCUCUCUAUCUUAUUCUCUGUAAUUUUCCUUCUCUUCUUAUUUUUGGUUUCUAUUUCUCAUUCUCUUUCUUAAUUUUGGUUAAUCUUUCUCUCUCUCUCUCUCUCUCUCACUCACCCACCCAUUUUGGUUUUUGCUUCUCUUUUACUAGUUUGCUCUCUCUCUCACACACAUUUUUGGUUUUUGCUUCGCUUACGAGUCUCAGUCUCUCUCUCACACAUUUUAGGUUUUUUUUGUUCUCAUUGUAGUUUCUUUUUCUUUUCUUUUCUUUUUUUCCUUCUUUUUUGUUAUAGAGGUGGGCUUAAUUUGUUUUCGUUUCUUCUUACUUGGGAUAGGCUAUGAUAGAUGAGCCAUUUUGGUUUGUGAUGGGUUUGUGUUCAGUUCCAAAAUGGUGGAAAAGGGAGCUUGUUUUUUUGUUUCUUCUCUCUAGUACCAAGGUUUCUUAUACUCCCAAGUGAUUUACAUGUAAGGGGUCUCUUGUUUUUGGUUGGUGAUAUAAAUCAAAUCAUAUGCUUACUCUAUGGU